AGCCAAUAGGAAGCCACUAUCCCCCUUCCUAUGGUGGAGCGGCCCGUCCAGGACCCUUGGAGCGCAGAUAUGGAGUUCUUAGACCAGUCAAGGAGCCGAGUCGAGUGACUUUUCCACUUGUGCCCUGCAAUGAGCUAAAUGCGCUCGUACCCGUCUCCCCUCACGGUCCUGUCAUUUUAUGAUCCCCAUGAAGCCAGUUGUAAGAUAUUAAAAAGCCAUAAACAUGCUGGGCAUGUACGUGCCAGACAGAUUUUCCCUGAAGUCUUCCAAAGUCCAAGACGGGAUGGGGCUGUAUACAAGCAGGCGAGUCAAAAAGGGGGAGAAGUUUGGUCCUUUUGCUGGAGAAAAGCGAAUUCCUAAUGAGGUGGAUGAAGGUAUAGACAACAGAUUAAUGUGGGAGGUCAGAGGAAACAAAGGAGAAGUGAUGUAUGUUUUGGAUGCAACAAAUCCACGUCACUCCAACUGGUUACGAUUUGUUCAUGAAGCUCCUUCACAAGAGAAAAAGAACUUGGCAGCUAUUCAGGAGGGGGAGAACAUAUUCUAUCUAGCAGUUGAUGACAUAGAAACGGAUACUGAAUUACUUAUUGGUUACUUGGAUAGUGACAUGGAAGAAGCUGAAGAAGAAAAUACUGAGAUUGUUAAUGUAGUCAACAAAGAAGAGGAUGAGAAUAUAAAAGAAAGUCAGCAGCCAUCGGAAAAAGAAUACAUAACCUAUAAGGAGGACCAUCGUUGUCCCCAUUGUGAAUCAAGUUUUCCAAGUCAAGAGAUCCUAGCAGAACAUCUUCAGGCUCUGCAUCAGAAGCCAGUUGAAGAGAAAGAAUUUAAAUGUAGAAACUGUGGCAAGAAGUUCCCAGUGAAACAAGCUUUGCAGAGACAUGUACUCCAGUGUACUGAGAACAUUAUCUCCGGGGACUCUUCAAGCAGUUAUCAGUGUUCGGUUUGCAAUAGCUCCUUCGGCUCUUCGUUGAGUCUGGAACAGCACAGAGAGGCUUGCAAAGGAGAUGCAAGAUUUAUUUGCAAGGCUGAUAGCUGUGGAAAGAGAUUCAGAAGCAAAGAUACACUGAAAAAACACAAAGAAAAUGUCCAUACAGGUAACUCUAAGAAAAAGUUAAUGUGCUCUGUGUGCAAUAAGAAAUGUUCUUCUUCACUUAAUCUACAAGAGCAUCGAAAGGUUCAUGAGAUCUAUGAGUGUCAGGAUUGUGACAAGAAAUUUAUCUCAGCUAACCAGCUUAGACGGCAUAUGAUUACCCAUUCAGAAAAGCGCCCCUUCACAUGUGAGGUUUGCUGUAAGUCCUUCAAACGACUUGAUCAAGUGACCGCACAUAAAAUUAUUCACAGCGAAGACAAACCUUAUCAGUGCAAGCUCUGUGGAAAAGGAUUUGCCCACAGAAAUGUUUACAAGAAUCACAAGAAGACUCAUUCCGAAGAGAGACCCUUCCAGUGUGAGGAAUGUAAGGCUUUGUUCCGCACUCCAUUCUCACUGCAGAGACACCUGCUAAUACAUAACAGUGAGCGUACAUUUAAGUGUGAUCAUUGUGAUGCCACAUUUAAAAGGAAGGAUACAUUAAAUGUACAUAUUCAGGUGGUACAUGAUGGUCACAAGAAGUACAAAUGCGAUUUAUGUGACAAGGCUUUUGUGACUCCUUCCGUGCUUAAGAGUCAUAAAAAAACACACACAGGGGAAAAAGAGAAAAUAUGCCCUUAUUGCGGACAGAAGUUUGCAAGCAAUGGGACCCUUAGAGUACAUAUUAGAAGCCACACAGGUGAGCGCCCCUACCAGUGUCCUUACUGUGACAAAGCAUUCAGUAAAAAUGAUGGAUUAAAAAUGCACAUCAGGACACACACAAGGGAAAAGCCAUACCAGUGCUCUGAGUGCAACAAGGCUUUCAGCCAAAAAAGAGGUCUAGAUGAGCACAUGAGGACCCACACAGGAGAAAAACCAUUUCAAUGUGAUGUUUGUGAUCUGUCCUUUAGUCUUAAAAAAAUGUUAAUCCGACACAAGCUGACUCACAACCCUAAUCGUCCAAUGGCGGAAUGCCAACUCUGUCACAAGAAGUUUACAAGAAAUGACUACCUCAAAGUACAUAUGGAAAACGUUCAUGGUGAAACAGAUAGCUAAUUCUCGGUGGCCAGUACUUAUGUGUGAAGCUUAAUCCUGCCCAUUCUGAAAUACCAGGAUUUAGACUUUAGAGCUGGAACAGGCAUUAUCUGACUGUAAAGUUAUUAUUUAUGUAUCACCAAUAUAUACACCACAGUGCCAUACUCAAUAAUUGCAGGGUAAAAUGUAGUUGGUAUUGAAAAACAGAUGUUGAUCAUAUCUCAACAUUUAGGCACCCAAAUAAUCUAAAAUAUGGGUUUAUUAUUAAAUGAAACUUCAUAAAGUUCCAUGAUAACUCAAAAUACUACAAAAAUGCAUUUGAAGCUGCCUCAUUUGCGGUAGCAGCCUUGAAGGAAUGCUUACAUAUUGCAAGUUAUCCAUCUGAUAUUUAGUUUACUAUGUUAAUCAGAUACAGAACAAUGAUUAUUGCAUUAGGCACUAGGAAUUGGCCCAAAGCCAUUAAAUACCAUCAGUUACAUUAGGUGCUGAAAAAUUAUGGGUCCAUAUUUAGCUCACUGCAUAGUCAGUAUUGCAGAGUCUCUAAACAUUACCUUGUCCUCUAAUUUGUUGUUGCACCAAUGGUUCAUUUAGUUUUAGAAUAAGGGCAGUGGCACACGGGGAGAUUAGUCGCCCUGCGACAAAUCUUCGUUGUCGUGGGCAACUAAUUUCCCCGCAGUGCCAUCCCACCGGCUAGAAUGUAAAUUGCCGGUGGCAUGGAAUACGCAUCACUGCGAUGUCUCAAAGUCGCCUGCUGUUGUCUUGAGAGGAAACUGGCGACUUUCGGACAUCGCAGCUACACAUAUGCCAUCCCACCGAUGAUUUACAUUCUAGCCCGUGGGAUGGCAGUGCAGGGAGAUUAGUCGCCUGAGACAACAAAGAUACGUCACAAGGCGACUAACCUCCCCAUGCGCCACUGCCCUAAAGGAACAAAAUUUGGGCAAGCUUGAUGUUAUUUCUCCCAUUUAAAUGCAAUUAUGUUUUUGUAUUUUUUUAACUAUUCAUCCAUGUACCAACUUGUCCAGCUCUCUUGAGUUUUUUAAAACAUUUUUUAUUGUUGAAAAUAAACAUAUAGAAACACA